AUGGUCCAAUGGGCAAUAGAGCUAUCCGAGUUCGACUUAAAGUACGAAACUCGGACGAUAAUUAAAGCCCAAUGUCUCACUGAUUUCGUGGCAGAAUAUGCAGGAGAACAAGAGGAAGCCUCCACUACAUGGGAGCUAUAUGCAGAAUAUGAAGCCUUGAUUAUAGGGUUAAAGCUGGCAAAGGAAGUCAGCGCAACAAAAGUAGUUGUGUUCAGCGACUCUCAAGUGGUGACAUCCCAAAUAAAUGGGGAGUAUCAGGCUAAAGACCCCAAUAUGAAGAGGUACUUGGACAAAACCUUGGAGUAUCUUAGGCGUUUUACAGAAACCGAGGUCAAGCAUAUAACUCGGGAUCUCAACAGCAGAGCAGACGCCCUCUCCAAGCUUGCGAGUACCAAGCCAGGGGAAUUCGACAUCCUACCCAAAGAGGAAAAAGAGGCCAAGAAAAUUUGGAGGGAAGAACAAAACUACACUUUGGUGAAAAAUAUCCUCUGUAAAAGGGGGAUAUCACCACCAUCGUUAAAGUGCGUCCCAACCUCAAGGACAAUAGAAGUCUUAGAGGAGGUCCACAAUGGUAUCUGCGGAAACUAUCUCGGAGCCAGGUCAUUAGCUAGGAAAGUCAUCCGAGCUGGGUUCUACUGGCCGACCUUGCAGAAAGAUGCCACAGAAUUCGUGAAGAAGUGCCAGCCAUGCCAAAUGCACGCGAACUUCCACGUCGCUCCCCCCGAGGAGCUCAUUAGUAUAACUUCUCCAUUGCCUUUCACAAAAUGGGGAUUAUACUUAUUAGGACCCUUUUCCCAAGCACCUGGUCAAGUAAAAUACCUAAUAAUGGGGGUAGACUACUUCACGAAGUGGAUCAAAGCAGAACCUUUGGCCAUCAUCACAGCCCAGAGAAGUCAGAGAUUUCUCUACAAAAACAUUAUCACAAGGUAUGGAGUACCUCACUCCAUCAUCACUGAUAAUGGUACCCAGUUCACCAACUCAACCUUCAGAAACCUGGUAGCCAGUAUGAAGAUCAAGUAUCAGUUCACCUCGGUAGAACAUCCACAAGCGAAUGGACAAGUCGAGGCAGCCAACAAAGUUAUACUGGCAGGGUUGAAGAAAAGGUUGUAA